AUGUCGAUGACGCGUCCACUGCUUGUUCGAAUUAAAAUUUCAUUGACAACUGCGGGGGUGCUCGCCCGUCUGGAUUCUGGAACGGUAUCAAAAAUCUCAUUAGGAACCACUCGUCUCCUCGAGGGGUCUCUUCGGCGAUCCAAAAGAAAAAAAAUUUUCCUGAAGUCGUCCAUUGUCCAAGGAUCUGGGUUUCAGCCGUGUGAUCGGAGACACUUGCCUAGGACAGGAUUUGACGAAAAGGAGCUGUAUAUUGAAAUCCUUUUUGCCUUCAACGCCGUCCAGGAGAAGCAACGCAUUACGAUUGAGUCAUAUAGGACAUUUUCAUAUAUUGACAUUCCGUGCAACAAGGAUGACGUGUUCGGGGUAACCAAAGGGUCGGAUCUGUGCCCGUGCACUGACCCAAUCAUCUCCCGCAAUCUUACAUUCACUGUUUUUCUCGAUGGCUCCAGGCGAAGUUACACACAUCUGGGAUAUGGCAGGGACGAAGACGAGCUGGGUGAAGGGAGAAUACUGUGUUCACUGGAUCAGAGUGAACGGAAGACCGACAAUGUUCACCUUCGAGUGUCUCCAGGACCCCUGUACCGGGAAGAACGACCGCUUUUUGGAAGCCUUAUAAUCCGAAGUGAUAAGGGUAAACCCUCUUUAACGUCGGCCAUCGAUGUUUGGUAA